AUGAAAUUAAUCACUGCCCUUGUUGGCCUCAUCGCCGCUGAAGGGGUUAUUGCCCUCAAUCUCCAGUCCAACCUGCAAUCAUCCCUUCAAUCCAUACUAAAAUAUAGCGAAGCACAAUCACGCAAACCAAAUAUCCUCUUCGUGAUAACUGACGAUCAAGACCUCCAACUCGACUCCAUAUCCUACACCCCCCUAAUUUCAAAACACAUCCGCGACCAGGGCACUUUUUUCCGCAACCACUUCGUUACAACAGCCCUAUGCUGUCCAUCACGCGUGAGUCUAUGGACCGGUCGCCAGGCACACAACACAAAUGUAACCGAUGUCCACCCGCCCUACGGUGGAUAUCCCAAAUUUGUCGACCGCGGCUUCAACGAUGAUUUUCUCCCGCUUUGGCUGCAAGGGGCGGGCUAUGAUACAUAUUACACGGGCAAAAUGUUCAACGCGCAUACUGUGGAUAACUACCACAGCCCGCACAUCAAUGGAUUUAAUGCAUCUGAUUUUCUUCUCGAUCCUUAUACUUAUUCUUACCUGAAUUCGACUUACCAGCGAAAUCAUGAACCACCUGUCAGCCACGAAGGUGAACAUACCAUCGACGUGAUCACCGGAAAAGCACUGGGUUUCCUUGAUGAUGCUUUAGCUGGUGUGAGGCCCUUCUUCCUGGCUGUGUCGCCCGUCGCGCCACACUCGAAUGUCGAUCCGAGCGAUAUCACAUCGGAGAACUUUUACAUGUCCGCGCCCAUCCCCCUCGAACGACACAAAAAUUUGUUCAAGGAUGUGAGGAUACCCCGCACGGCGAAUUUCAAUCCAGACCAGCCAAGUGGAGUCAGCUGGGUUCAGGAUCUACCCCUGCAGAACAAAUCAGUUGUCGACUAUAACGAUCACUUUUAUCGCUCGCGUCUGCGCGCCUUGCAGGGUGUUGAUGAAUUGGUUGAUGUGCUUGUCACCCGGCUGGAGGAGAGUGGCCAGUUGGACAAUACUUACAUUAUCUAUACCUCGGAUAAUGGGUUCCAUAUUGGCCAACAUAGACUGCCGCCCGGGAAGACCUGCGGGUUUGAGGAGGAUAUUCGCGUUCCCUUGUUCAUUCGUGGACCUGGCGUUGCCAAGGGAUAUGUGCAGGACGCGGUGACUACGCAUGUGGACUUAGCGCCGACUUUGUUCCAUCUUGCGGGUAUUGCGGCGAGGGAUGAUUUCGAUGGUACGGCCAUUCCUGUGACACCGGAGUUUGAGGGGGAGCGCCAUGAACAUGUUACGGUGGAGUAUUGGGGUUCUUCUGUUGCGGAAGGUGUUUAUAGCGGCAUUGGCCCCGGAGGCUCAACCAGGAUCCCAAACAACACCUACAAAUCAGUCCGCUUACUCGGAGAAGGCUACGAUCUGUAUUACUCGGUCUGGUGCAACAACGAACACGAACUGUAUGAUCUGUCAGUGAGUAAAUUGUACCUUGGUUCUUCAUCACAACGACUUACCUUGCAGACCGAUCCGUACCAGCUGAAUAAUCUGUACCCGACCACCUCCCAGGCGAAUAUUACUGAGACUCGCAUUCUGGGUCGCAGCUUAAACCAGGCUAUCAAUCGACUUGACGCUCUUUUGAUGGUCCUCAAGUCUUGCCAGGGUGCGACUUGCAUCCAGCCUUGGGAUGUCCUCCAACCGGUAGACCCAGUUAGUACUCUCCAACAUGCCUUGAAUAAGAAGUAUGACGGGUUCUAUGCCGCACAGCCUCAGGUCUCAUUUGACUGGUGUGAUGCGGGAUACAUCGUGGAAGCCGAGGGUGUGCAGGUGCCGUUGACUAGUCGACACGGCGUGUCCUGGGAUGUGUGGGUGUAA